GUUCAGCAUCAGCAAUGGCCCGUACGAAGCAGACAGCCCGCAAGUCGACUGGCGGCAAGGCGCCGCGCAAGCAGCUGGCCACCAAGGCCGCGAGGAAGAGCGCGCCGGCGACCGGCGGCGUCAAAAAGCCCCACCGUUACAGACCGGGAACCGUUGCCCUUCGCGAGAUCCGUCGCUAUCAGAAGAGCACUGAAUUGCUGAUCCGCAAGCUGCCCUUCCAGCGUUUGGUGCGUGAAAUCGCGCAGGACUUCAAGACCGAUUUGCGCUUCCAGUCGUCGGCCGUUAUGGCCUUGCAGGAGGCCAGCGAGGCUUACCUCGUCGGCCUGUUCGAGGACACCAACCUGUGCGCCAUCCACGCCAAGCGCGUCACUAUCAUGCCAAAGGACAUCCAGCUGGCCCGCCGCAUCCGCGGAGAGCGCGCCUAAGACACUCGCAGGCUCGUGAAAAAUCGGCCCUUUUCAGGGCCACAAACUUGCUACAAACAAGCCGAUAUCUCGUUUCGCUUGUAAUCUGCAUGGUUUGGAUCUUCAGCAGACAUCAGACAAAAUUCAGGAGUUGUGGCAAACAAGCCAUUAUAUUGUUGCGGCGUUCGAUUUGGAUAAUUCUCAGGCUCUACUAAUUU